AUUAUCUAACAAACUAUAAGGAAAACUACAUUUAUUAGAACUUUGUUCUAGUGUUUUAUACUUUUAAAGUACGCUGAUGCUAUAAGAAUCAAGGGUUCUCCGGUGAAAUGGUACUUCUGGAAAGGACUGACCCUUCCUUCUUGAAAUCAUGCAACACCACCGAACUGCAGGAAACAGGAGAGGGAGAAAUUAUGGCUCCUUAUCUGAUGGACUGCAGGCGGAAACAGAAGCAUAUAUUCAGGCAGCUGUGUGUGGUGGACGAUAUGAUCAAGCUGCUGGCAGGUCUGGAGUCAGUGGAUCAGCUGCUGAAUGAGCCAUGUCCCCAAAACCCAGGUAAUGAAGCUCGUUCUGCAUGGAAGGCUUUAAAAGCAGAAUAUCAGGAGAGAGUUCAGGAGGUGGAAGGGCUGAUCAAUACUUUCCAGGUCCGCAUGGAAGAGCUUCAGGGUAAACGACAGAAACUGGAGACUCUACUGUCCACUCUGCAGAUAAAGAAGGAGGAGUGCAAAGAGAAGGAGAGAAUCGCAGCUAAACAAAAUCAGAGGGCUGAGAAACAAAUCAGCUUUCAGUUAGAAGAUUCCCUCCAGGCAGCCCAGAACGCCUUGAAUGUGUGUGAUUUGCAUCUGUCUAAGCUUAAGGAUGAGGUUGAAAAACAGCAGGCUCGAAUAAGUGACUGGACACUAUUAAGAGAAAGCCUGCAAACCUUGGUCACAGCGACUCACAGAAAUAUGCAGUACAGGCUGCUCUCAGUCAGUCCCUCUGAGCUGUGCCUUGAGCUCUUGCCUCGUGCUGCCGAAAAAUCAUUAGAACCGCUGCGUGUCUCCAUCACCAUGACAACCAGUGACGAAUUUCAUCUUCAGGUGUUUCAGGGAACCGCUGGCCUGGUUGAGGAGGCGGUGAACGGUCCACUUAGGCAAAUGAGUGCUGCCCUUGUGGAGGUGAUGGAGAGGUACAUAAGUCAAGGAGAGAUGCUGUCUGAGAUUCAGGCUCUUCACUCCAGGUUUGCAAUUGAUUGGUGUCCUGCUGAAAAGCUUCUGAUCUUUCUCAAGACUGCGACCACAGUAUGUCACCUGAGGGUUGAGGAGGGUUACCCAUCACAUGGCCGAGCUACUCUCCUGUCUGUGAGAAAAGACGGCAAUCUGUUUGAUAUCACCAAUCUACAGCCCCCAGAGCAGCAUCCUGUCCUGACAGAGUGGCUUGAGUUUCUCUCCUCCAAUCCGAACAUCUGAUGUCACAAGAUUUGAGUCAGAGUCAGAAAGGAGUAUCUCCAUCACGUAUGUCAUGUACUGAGUCAGAGUCUAUUACAUAACGCAUACACCACCUGCAUUGUACACUUCUAGUUGUAUUGUUGAUAAAUAAAUGAAUGUUUGUAUUGUGUCUGUGUAUGUGUAUGUACAUUGUGAGUCAGUGCUUUCAGUCUUUAUCUAACCAACCCAGACUGUCAUUAUUAUACAUUAUAAUUAUUAUUUGCAUUGCUCUUCACCCAUAUCAAAGGAUUAGGCAAAUCAGCAUUUAAAUUUGUGGCUCAUUACAUGUUUUCAAGUAGAAAAGAGCUCUGCAUUGUUCAGUCAGUAAUUACAGGAGGUCACAUGACUCGCAGGAGUAUAGUUUAAGUUUAAAUGUCAUGUUUCUGUAAAUAAAAUGAAUUUAAAAUGUA